UUGUCCAAAUGGAGGAGGAAAAUAGUUUUAAAGAUAGUUUCAAUGAUGAACUCACCAAUACUAGAUCUCCAAAAUCCAAAAAAAUCAAAAAAAUUGAUUCUCCUACACAUAAAAAGAACGUAGGACAUUGGACAAAGGAGGAGCAUGAAAAAUAUCUAAAAUUCUUGGAGGACAAUACUUAAAUGAAGAAAAAUAACAAAAUCUUCAAACCAAUGUCUGAAAUUAUUGGUACUCGUUCUCCAAGUUAAUGCAGGUACAUAUUAAUAAAGAAUUAGAUCUCAUCAUCAAAAAUUUAAUCCAUCAUCCCCUCUAACCUAGAGAAAAUCUAGUAAAAUAAUUAGUGUUUCCAACUAAACAAUGCCAGCAAUGACCUUGUAAGAAGAAACAAAUGUGAACUUAGAGGAUGAAAUGUAAAGUAGUAAUAGGAUUAAACUCAUGUUUUUUGAUGAAGACGAUAUGGUUCAGCAAAAUUUUAAUUUAGAUGAUUUAUGA